AUGAGCACGAAAGUGUAUGACGAGACGAAUGACAAUGACUUUUAUUGCUUUGAUAAAAACGUGUUGAGACUGAUUUUAAAGUCGUUAGAUGUUGUUUGUCAACUCAAUGACUUUGGUUUUGAGUACUUUCAGAUAGUGACACGGAUUCAUACUUCGACUUGGUUUUCAGUAUAUACGAAUUCUGUUCAACUUGUGGGUACGGGGAUACCAGAUGAGAGACCUGCGCAGUUUGGUGAUUAUUUCUAUAUGAAUUUGGUGAUACAAUUUGAUUCACUUUCGGCGUUCUAUUUAGAGAGUGCGAAGCAGUUUGCGUAUGGAUUUGAGAUUUUGAAUAACUUAGUAGAGACGUCUGUGUACAAAAUGAGUAAAUCCAGUGCGAUGUUUAUUGCGAAGGACCAUUUUGACAAAUAUUUUAAUGAGUACAUCAAACUUGCUGAUGGGAGGAUCAUGCACAACAUGCUUGUGGUCAUCAAUCACAUUUUUGGACUUCCAAUGAAGAAUGAAGAGGCGUUCUAUUUAGUCUUUGAGAAGAUCAUUAUGAGUAAGAGUUGUGAGAGUUUGAGAGAGUGCGACAACGAGCAAAUAGGGAUUUUUUGUCGUAAAGAACUUGAAAAGGUCAAUAUGAUGUGUACUGAUAUCAUUUUUUGUCUACAAAAUGACUAUAACGGCCGUGAUGUGCAUGCGGUGCGACUUGUUGAGAAUAAGACGAGAGAGGAGAAAGUGAAGAUAUUCUCGAACGUCUGCCGUGUGAUUCGAUAUAUUGUGGAAACCCAAAAGGGAGGAAUGGAUGAGAAACAUGAGUUGGAAGUGUUUGACUUGUUUAGAAAUGUCACACAGGUUUAUAUGCACUUGAUUGAAUCGAAACAAUUGGUGGCGCAAAGUAAUGUUUCAAAGGGAAGUUCAGUGGACAAAGAGUUGACACUGACGUAUUUGGCACUAUAUAAUAUCGAGCCGUAUCAAGGAGGCAUCAAUGUGUGUGAACCGUUCCAAACGCGAUUUUAUAUUGAUGAGAAGCAAGAGAGAAAGGGUGUGAUAUUAUUCAUUUGUCAGCUGUUUAAUAUAAUAAUAGAAUAUUGGGGGAAAGACUACGACGUUACUUAUGCGUGUUUGAAGAAUUUAGAGGGGUUUUAUAAUAACGAAUAUAAUGGGGAUAUCUUCUAUGAGAUGAAUAUCUUAGAUAAGUCAUUUCAGUGGGCGAAAGAAGUGCAAUACUGGACAAAGAAAGAGGCGUUUAGAGCGCGGAAAAUCAGUUAUAAUACGAUUUCGAUUGUGAUAUGUAAUCGAUGGGUGGAAAGAGGAGUGACACUGUUUUGGAAAUAUUUUGAUACGACGAGUCGUUUGGUGUUGGUGGACUUGUCGUGUCUUAUGCGAGACGGGAAUGUUGAUUCUAAGUUGUUUCUGCAGCACUUUUUGAGUGUAAAUAAAGAGAAGUAUUUGAGUGCACCACAAAGUUCGAUUUAUCAAGACGAAUGGAAGUUUGUGUUACAGUUGGUGGAAAGUGUGACGUCGUCGAGUGUCUUUUUAAAGAAGUUUUAUGUCAAACGAUUUAAUUCACUGUAUGACGAGGGCAAAGCGGAAGAGGCGAAGAGAAAGAAGGAGAAACGACAAAGAAAAGAACAUAAAGAAUGGCUGGAAAAUGACACCAUGGAACAACUUCAUCUUCAAAAAGAAGUGAAAUUAAAAGAAAAGGAAAAUAAUGAAUAUAUUGAAUAUCCAGUGCUGACGUAUGUUCCAGACCUUCUUCUGCAAUUUUGUUGUCUUCUGAGUGAAUUUGUCGAUCAAAUAUAUGACGAGGAAGAUUGGGAGACUUUAAGUACUCAAUAUAAUAAAAAGAGAUUGAAUCGAUUAAUUAAAGUCUACACCAUUGCUACAAACAUUCUUAUGACGGAAAAUUUUAAUUUUACUGUCGACCGAUUGUAUGGAGAUAUGACGGUGAAGACAAUGGUAUUUAAAUUAAUGGAGUUGUAUGACACUGUUAAAGAUGCACUUGAUGUCUCUCCGCUGUUUUUAAAAAGUGUUUCGAUGUUUAUGGAAUGCAUUUCAAAGUUAACUGCAUCGUACGAAAUGACGAAUCACAUGUUAGAAUUGAUUGCGGAUUUUGCACAAGUGUUGUUGAAGACGUCUGACCACGAAUUAAUUCUUUGUGGAGUUAAUGUAGUUUUUAAUUUCAUUGAAAAUAUGAAUACAUACAGGAACUCGACGGACUUUGAGUUGCAAAUAUAUGAAAAUAUGUUAGAUGACGACUUCACUGAAGUUCUACUUGUUUGUUACUAUUGUUAA